AUGUUGCCAGAACAUGCAUCAGGCCCAAAAAUAGUCCACAUCGAAGAUCUCAAUCUGUCAUCGUAUAAAAUAGUAUGUGAGAAAUGGAGAUCGACAAGUCUCAAACGUCAUUCACCCUUGAUGAAUAAUAAUUCUAUACGUGUAUAUUAUCCUCCGGAUGGCGAGGAGAAAUUGACAUCACCUCUCUUACAUUCCACAAUGAAUGAACCAGAAGUGUCUCAUAACUCCAAUGAAGAGGAUGAAAAAAAGCUGAGUGAUUUCGGAGAAGAACAGAACUCCGAAGAAUCAGACUAUGAGAAGGACGACGAUAGGAACUACACACCAGAAAGAGACGAAUCGGCUGAUAGUGACGAGUGGUCAGAUGUGGAGGAGAAUGAUGAUUCCCUGGAAGAAGGAAAUCCAAAUAAUUCGAGAUCUUCCCAGGCACUAAACAUCACCUUUGACAAUAAUCCUCCAGCUUCAGCACCUGAUGAUACGGAGCUUCAAGUUGAUAAAGCAUCAUCUGGGUCGAAAAAACAUUUUUGUAUGUAUUGUCUAAAGAUGCAGUCGAAAUUCGCCCGACAUUUGGAAAACGUCCAUGCUAAUGAAAACGAUGUGAAGAAAUUUCUCGUUUUACCACCAAAAAAUAAAGAAAGACAAAAUAUCAUUGCGACAAUUCGGAAAAAUGGAGAUUACAUAUAUAACACAGACCGACGAUACAAUGAUGGGAAAUUAAUUGUCUGCAGGAGACCAAACAUCCGAAUGCAGAAAACUGCUGAAGAUUUCUUGGUCUGUGGAAAUUGCAAAGGCCAGUAUUCUAGGGUAGUUCUACGUCAUCAUUUUCGGAAAUGUACCGGCUGCACUGGAAAACAAGGUAGAAUUGCCGUAGUGAAGGGCCGAAAAAUUGCUUCCCGAGUACAUGAAAGGGCCAGUGGUUCAACCAGAAAGUAUCUCUUCCCAUACAUGCGUGAGGAUGAAGUUGUGCGUUCUAUUCGCUACGAUGAACUGGCAAUACUCUUCGCCAACAAACAAUACCAGAGAUAUGGAACUCAUAAACAUUUGUAUACAAUGGUCAAGCAGAAGCUGCGCCUCGUUGGUAGAUUUUUUCUUUCCGUUCGACAGCUUGAUAAAUCGAAGACUAUCAAAACGCUGUCGGAUGUAUAUCAUCCUCGCCAUUACGAUAUCUCCAUAGAAGCUGUGAGAGACGUUGCAGGAUAUGACCCAGAGCUAAGAACGUUCAGAAGUCCAUCAGUAGCCUCGAACCUUGGUACUCUAUUGAAAUAUAUUGGUACAAUACUGAGAUCUGAGUGUAUAAAGAAGGAAAUGUCAGUAGAGCAGAGGAAAACUGAGGAUUUUAUGAAGUUAUUAGAGGAAGAUUUCGGUACGAGUAUUAACAGAGAAGUAGCUGAAACACAAACUCAAAAUAAUCGUCGAAAGGAAGUUAUUCUACCCAGCACUGAUGACAUAAAGAAAUUUCAUACUUAUAUUAAAUGCGAAAGAUCGGAGCAUUUCAAUCAACUCACUCAGGCGUACUCAUUUGAAGCGUGGAAGAAUCUUGGAAAAAUGACAUUACUGUCACUGCAAAUCUUUAAUCGUCGCCGACCAGGGGAGAUAGAACGGUUGUAUCUUGAAGAUUUUCAGAGUUAUCGUUCUCUUGAUCACACAGCAAACAAAGAAGCCUACAAUGCCUUGAGUGAAGAAGGUAAGAAACUCGCUCGAAAGUAUGUGAGAUUUGAGAUCCGUGGCAAGCUUGGUCGAGGUGUACCUGUACUUGUUGACAAUGACGUUCUGAACUGCUUGAAUCUUCUCAUUGAGCACAGAGAAAGAGCAGGUGUUCCACCGGAUAAUCGGUAUUUGUUUGGCCUACCAUCUUCAGAUAAAGAUCGUCUUCGCUAUCAUCGUGCCUGUGAACUCAUGAGGGAAUACUCAACUAAAUGUCGAGCUGAAAACCCCCAGACUCUGCGUGCCACUCAGUUGAGGAAACACAUUGCGACGAGAUGUAUCAAUCUGAAUCUCACAGAUGGUCAGGUGACAGACCUAGCAAACUUCAUGGGUCAUCACGAGAAGAUCCACAAAGAGAUCUAUCGUCAGCCGGUAUUGGAGACCGAUAUCGUGAAAAUUUCCAAGCUGCUCAAAACUGCUCAAGGUUGUGAUGAAUCUGAUGAUUCUGAAAACGAAGGUGUAAUUGACGGAAGUUCAUUCCAAAGGAAUGUCUCAACGGUGGAAUUUGAUGAACCGAGUACUUCCCGCACUAGUUCCGGUAGUAAAUUCAAUAAAUCUCUGAUACAAUCCGACCUUCAACCUUCGACAUCCAAACGAUGGAGUGAGCAAGAACGUAGUACAGUCUUAUCAGCAUUCAACAAACACUUGACAGCAGGUAAAAUGCCGUCAGGUGCCGAGAUGCAGAGUCUGAUUGAUUCAAAUACUUGUCUGAAACUACGAACUGUCCCUCAGUUGAGAACAUGGUUACACACCCAAAAGAAGAAAAUGUCCAAGAAAUGA